ACUCUAGAGUCAGAAGAAGUGGAUUUAAAUGCUGGGCUACAUGGAAACUGGACACUGGAAAAUGCUAAGGCUCGUCUGAACCAGUAUUUCCAAAAAGAAAAGAUCCAAGGAGAAUAUAAAUACACCCAAGUGGGUCCCGAUCAUAACAGGAGCUUUAUUGCAGAAAUGACCAUUUAUAUCAAGCAACUGGGCAGAAGGAUUUUUGCACGUGAACAUGGAUCAAAUAAGAAAUUGGCAGCACAAUCCUGUGCCCUCUCACUUGUCAGACAACUCUAUCACCUUGGAGUGAUUGAAGCUUACUCUGGGCUUACAAAGAAGAAGGAAGGAGAGAGAGUGGAGCCUUACAAAGUUUUCCUCUCCCAGGAUUUGGAACUUCAGCUGCAAAAUGUAGUUCAAGAGCUAGAUCUUGAAAUUGUGCCCCCACCUGUUGAUCCUUCUAUGCCAGUUAUACUCAACAUUGGGAAAUUGGCUCAUUUUGAACCAUCUCAAAGGCAAAAUGCAGUGGGGGUGGUUCCUUGGUCACCACCACAGUCCAACUGGAAUCCUUGGACUAGUAGCAACAUUGAUGAGGGGCCCCUGGCUUAUGCUACUACAGAGCAAAUAAGCAUGGAUCUUAAGAAUGAAUUAACAUACCAGCUGGAACAAGAUCAUAAUUUACAAGGCGUCUUACAAGAAAGAGAGUUACUGCCUGUGAAGAAGUUUGAAGCCGAAAUCUUGGAAGCAAUUAGUCAGAAUUCAGUUGUCAUUAUCCGAGGUGCUACUGGAUGCGGUAAAACCACACAAGUUCCACAGUACAUUUUAGAUGACUUUAUCCAGAAUGACAGAGCAGCAGAGUGUAAUAUUGUUGUGACUCAGCCAAGAAGGAUCAGUGCUGUUGCUGUAGCAGAGCGAGUUGCGUACGAGAGAGGUGAAGAGCCUGGGAAAAGCUGUGGCUACAGUGUCCGAUUUGAGUCUAUACUUCCACGCCCUCAUGCCAGUAUAAUGUUUUGCACCGUAGGUGUGCUUCUAAGAAAACUAGAAGCAGGCAUUCGAGGGAUCAGUCAUGUGAUUGUGGAUGAAAUCCAUGAACGAGACAUUAAUACUGACUUUCUUUUAGUGGUACUGCGAGAUGUGGUUUUAGCCUACCCUGAAGUUCGCAUUGUUCUUAUGUCUGCUACUAUUGAUACCAGCAUGUUUUGUGAAUAUUUCUUCAAUUGCCCCAUCAUUGAAGUUUAUGGAAGAACUUUCCCAGUUCAAGAAUACUUUCUGGAAGACUGCAUCCAGAUGACCCAAUUUGUUCCUCCUCCAAAGGACAAGAAAAAGAAGGAUAAAGAAGAUGAUGGUGGUGAAGACGAUGAUAUUGAAGCUCUACUUAAAUAUAUUGAAACUCUUAAUGUUCCUGGAGCUGUGUUGGUUUUUUUGCCUGGCUGGAAUUUGAUUUAUACUAUGCAGAAGCAUUUGGAAAAUAAUCCACAUUUUGGAAGUCACCGGUAUCAGAUUCUACCUCUGCAUUCUCAGAUUCCACGGGAGGAACAACGAAAAGUGUUUGAUCCAGUACCAGAUGGAGUAACAAAGGUUAUUCUGUCCACAAAUAUUGCUGAAACUAGCAUUACCAUAAAUGAUGUUGUUUAUGUCAUCGAUUCCUGCAA